GUCACUGGUGUACUAUUUUAAAAAAAGAGGAAGGGCUGUGUGACGGUACACUGUUCAGGAAGUGUGGUGUCAAACUCUGACAGGGUACAUCCUGUGUGAGAAGUAAAAACCGAACUGAGCCUUGCAAUUUAGCUUUUCGGCUUUACACGGAGAGACUGUUUUCUGUGCCUAAAGUUUGGGUUCUGAAAGGAUGGAGGACACAUUACUAAAUGUGUUUGUCGUGGUUGUCAGUCUGCUUCUCUCGAAGGAUCCCAAUGUCUUUCAUGACCAAGAUGACAACAUCAUUGUGAGCAUGCAAGAGCAUGAGCACUUUCUCAUGGAGGAGGGGGCAAAGCUAGAACAAGGGGAGCAUGAUGUUGCCAUGGAAGAGUCACAAAGUCAUCACAGGGUGCCGAUAGGAGAGGGGGACACGUCAGAUGUUCAACAAAUUACACCAAAUGUCAAGACCACUAAGCUGCAUGAGGAGCAAAUAUCCCCAGUCGGAGAGCAAAAUGACUUCCGCCAAAAGGCAUUUGCACCAGAUGACCAGGAAAUAUUAGAUGUUGACACAGACAAACGGACAUUGUCUAUGCCAAAGGAAGGCCUAACACAUGAGCAUGUCAACAUGGACCAGUCGGGGCCCACUGUAGACCAGAAUGUCUCUCAGGGGGAUGCGGCUCAGCUGGAAAAGCCACAAUCGGACCGGACUGACACCCAUCAUGAACAUCAGGCUGGUCAGGGAUUAAACCAAAGGUUGACAAUGAUAACUCGAGGGAAACAAUCUAGUGACCAAGACGACACCUACACUUGGUACCUCUGGAAGACACUCUCCUUGAUUUCAUUUUUUCGUAUUUUGAAAAUGUUCAUCAGAAAGGGUUCCAAGCUGCAAAGGAAGAAACCAAGAUGCUUGAACAUCUCCCAGGUUUCUGAUCUUGAUUCCAAGACCUUAACUAGCUUCCAUAACCAGUGUGUCCUGGUUCCACCCAGUCACAGUUGGCAAACUUGUGAGUUUGUGGAGGGUUUUGUGAACGACCUGCUGGAAGCUGUGAGGACUACAUGUUCAGAAAUGGAGGUUGAUAACUUUGUUGGCGUUGGCAGCUUAUACGAGCAAUGGGCUUCAAGAAAGAGCAUCGAGUGUGACAUCCAUGUACCCAUCGUCCCUCCAAAGCCUUAUAGCUUCGAGUUUGAGCUUUUGAAAGAAAGUAGAGGUUCUUCAACCAUCCAGUACUGUUGCAAAGUCAAGAUGACCAAAGGAAACACCAGUUUAGCCAGCUGUCCUUGCAACAAUACCAGCCUAGAUGACGACGAUACGUUGUGUCUUAUACAUCCGGAUAAAAAAGAUCAUGUAACUGAAAGCAACAUAAAUGACCUUCUAUGCCAAGAGAACAGCUCGUAUCUUGCUAAAACACAUGUUGUGAAGUGGUUUAAGACAGCCAUUAGGAAAGCAUGGGAUGAGAUCAGCCACAAGUAUGAGUUUGAGCUAAUAUUCCAGAAUAGGGAAAACCCUGGAAGUCUCAAAGUUCGGUUCAGGUCAGGUCGGGUCAUUCUGUUCAAACUAGCACCUGUAGUCAGAUUUAAAGACUCGGAGGUACAUCUGAUCCCAUAUCCUCCCUCUACCAUAGUUUCUGACACCCAUUGGCCCAUAUGUUUUACGCGUUAUGAAAAUGCCCUUCUUCAACACAUAACCAAUUCACUUCCAAGCAACGCAUGCCAUCUUCAUUGUCUACAAAUUCUUUCUUUUCUACACAAAUACCAAACUGGCCUGACUGGACCAUGUGGGAUAACAAGUUACCACUUGAAGAACACACUAUUACAUCUUCUGGUCAACAAAUCCUUAUCUUGGGACCCUGAGCAGAUGGCUUGCAGACUUAAUGAUCUGCUGACUUUCUUACAGCAAAAACUCAAAGCUAAAUCACUUAACCACCCUCUGGUUGGGAAUGGUCUCAUUCCUAACGAGAUUGGAUUUCCAGAAGAGUUCAGAGAGGGAAAACCGGUUAACUUGUUUCUGCCAUUAUUGUCUAAUGAAGAGUUGUACUUUAAAACAAAUAGACACUUACUGGAGAUGAUUAGAAAUAUGCCAGUGCUGAUGUACGAAUAUGGAUCAAUUACAAACACUUAAUUUUUUGAGAUACUGUGCCAGAAAUGUGUAAAUGUAUUUUUGUUCAGGUGUUUUCAUUCCAUAAUGCAUUCGCUCUCUGGGUGACAAAUGUUAAAAAGACAAUAAUUUGUAACUUCACUUUAUCACAUCAACUUCACAAGGCAUAUACACAAAAUUGGCAUUUUAGAGUAUCUUAAGAUAUCUGCAAAAAAAAAAAAAAAAAAAAAAAAAAAAAAAAACACCCCAAACUAAUUUUUUUUUCUAGUAAUCAUCAGAUUCCCAGAACAAAUCAAAGUCAUCAUGGCCAGAUAAAGACGAUUCAGGCAUGGACUCAGGUGAAAGAGGUGAUGAGGUUUCUGGGCGCAUCUUCAAAUCCCAAGAAUCACUGGUGAUCAAUGUCUUACCUACUAGAAACAAAGACUUAGCCAGCAAGGAAGAAAUUUCAGUAAAUCAAACUUAAAUUAAGGAAAUUAAUCAAUUUAUACAGACCAGAUGGAACUUGAGGAGUAGGACAUGUAGAUGCACAACAGUCACAUAUGGUGAUGCCACCGUGUAACUCAGUCCACCUAAAGCACACAAACAUCUAAAAUUACUAUACCCUCAGACUUUGGGUGGAUGAGUUUAAAACUUUUAGGGAAAAAAAAAAAAAAAAAAAAAAAAAAAAGAGAUUAGUAAUAGAUUGUGUCAAGGGAUAUCAUUAGAGCAGACAUUUUCAGCAUUUUGGGAGUACAUUUGUGCUCCUCAUGUGCUUAAACUCACUGGUUGGUUUGUGCAUCAUACGUGCAUGACUUGGCAGUUGGUGUAGGGGUCUGUGGUCCAAAGACCAACUCACAAUGCAUAAACAUGGUCUAGAAAAGGGAAGAAGGGAGUUUUAUAAAGGAGAAUAAUAAUAAAAAAAAAGUUAAGAGAUCUUUUAAGAAUUUGUUUUUUAUUACCUGUUUGGACUGUGGCAGAGAAAUCAUGUUUUCAAACAGAAAAGCUGCAACACAAAGCCUCACAGUCAUCUUAUUAACACUGGUGUGGAACUUUGUCAGAAAGCUGUUCUUGCUGUCCACCAGGCAUCUACACAGAUGAUAUUAAAGUUGGAAUGAGAUCGAAA